UGGACACAAAAGGACACUCCUCCUCCUCUCUCUGCUCCCUCUACCUCCUCUUUGUCCUCCUCCUUCUCUUCUGAGCCCCCCCCCCCUCUCAUCCCGUCUCCCGGAGUCGCCUUGUCUGUCCGGUGUGAGUCGCUCUGUGCGUAAUACUCUGCGCGCCGUCAUGUCUUUUCGGGGUUUCAUUUUCCCGCCGUCCGUGUCUCUGUCCCUGAGCUCUUGCCCGUCCUUCGGUACCGGGGUUCUGUUGGGACCAAGGCAGGAGGAGCUGGGUCGGUCCACUUCGGGAUCAGCUUUCGCUCCGUACUCCGGAUCCGGGUCCUCUCCCGGUUUCAGCUCGCACCUCCCGUACGGCGGCUCCUUUGAGCGUCCCGGCUGCGAUCCGUCCUCUGGGGCCGCUCUGGACCACCACCCGUCCACCCCCCUCGGGGCCCUGGGGCCCUACGCCUACGGAGAAGCGUCUUACCGGAAGAACGCAACACGGGACGCCACGGCCACGCUGAAGACCUGGCUCAACGAGCACCGGAAGAACCCCUACCCCACCAAGGGGGAGAAGAUCAUGCUGGCCAUCAUCACCAAGAUGACGCUCACUCAGGUCUCCACCUGGUUCGCCAACGCACGCCGGAGGCUGAAGAAGGAGAACAAGAUGACCUGGACCCCCAGGAAUCGGAGCGAGGACGAGGAGGACGAGGACGUCGAGCUGGAGAGGAACCACGAAGACGACGAGACCGCCAAGGUCAGCGAGGAGCCCGAGGAGCCCGAGACCAGGAGCCAGGCUGCCUCUGUGGGGACCCCCUGCGUUUUGCUGUUUCGUGAGGACAGCGGCAGCAGCAGCGACACGGACCGAAGCUUCACCGAUCCGGACUUCAAGAACUCGGGGGACCCAAGGCUGGCCCUCGUCCCGGGCCCCGCUUCGACAGGGCGCCCCCCCCAGAGCGCCUCCAUGGGGUCAGUCCCAGCUCCGCAGCCGCAGCGUAAAGAACUCGUGGACUCGAUCCGGGGGCCAAACCCUAAACCCAAAUUGUGGUCUUUGGCUGAGAUCGCCACCUCUUCAGAUAAGCAAAAAGCACCCAGCGACACGUCUCAGACCCAGUUCCCACACAGCCGACAUCUCUACUACACCACCUCCCCCUUCCUCCCUGGGUACCCCAGCUUUGGCUCCCUGGGGGUCCCUCAGGGGAGCUCACACCUGAAUGGAUUACACCACACGAUGCUGCAGAGGGCCAGAGUCUCAACAGUCCAGAACCUGCUGGACCUGCAUGAGCUGAAGAGAAGCUGAAACUCUUUG